CUUCCGAUUCGUUCUCCCUUCCGGAGGUUUCCGCUCGGAAGCCUGGGAGGUUAAGGACGCAUGGUCUCCGCUGAGUCUGGCUGUAGGAACGAGUGGGACCUUUGUCACUCCGAGUAAAGGAGCAAGAAGUGUAGGAUCUGCCCAGAGAAGGGUGUUUUAAGAGCGGAUAUGAGAACCUAAGCGCGGUGUGGCAAAGUAGUUGAUACGUGCGGGCUGGGCGCCGGUGGAAAUAGAACCUCGUGGUUUGGGCAGUAGGAAGCGGAGGAAGGUAACCGAAGCCUAGCUUCUGCGAUUGCCGCACACUCUACCUGAGAGCUACUUGAUUAUCCACGCGUCCGUUGUUGUGGAGAAGCCUCGUGUAUACAUUCCGCCAUGGCACAACUCCAGGCACGUUUCUACACCGAGAACAAGAAAUACACAGUGGAUGAUGUUCCUUUCUCAAUCCCUGCCAUCUCUGAAGUUGCCGACCUUAGUAACAUUAUCAAUAAAUUGCUGGAGACCAAAAAUGAACUUCACAAACAUGUCGAGUUCGAUUUUCUUAUCAAGGGCCAGUUUCUUCGAAUGCCCUUGGUCAAACACAUGGAACUGGAGAACAUUUCAUCGGAAGAGGUUGUUGAACUCGAAUAUGUGGAAAAGUACACAGCCCCCCAGCCAGAGCAGUGCAUGUUCCACGAUGACUGGAUCAGCUCCAUUAAAGGGGCAGAAGAAUGGAUCCUGUCUGGUUCUUAUGAUAAGACUUCUCGGAUCUGGUCCUUGGAAGGAAAGUCAAUAACAACAAUUGUGGGACAUACAGAUGUUGUGAAAGAUGUGGCUUGGGUGAAAAAAGACAGUUUGUCCUGCUUACUACUGACGGCCUCGAUGGACCAGACUAUUCUCUUAUGGGAGUGGAAUGUAGAGAGGAACAAAGUGAAAGCUCUGCACUGCUGCCGAGGGCAUGCUGGGAGUGUGGACGCCAUAGCAGUCGAUAGCUCAGGAACUAAGUUUUGCAGUGGCUCCUGGGAUAAGAUGCUAAAGAUCUGGUCUACAGUCCCUACAGAUGAAGAAGAUGAAAUGGAAGAACCCACAAAUCGACCAAGAAAAAAGCAAAAGACAGAGCAAUUGGGACUAACAAGAACACCCUUGGUGACCCUCUCUGGCCACACAGAAGCAAUUUCCUCAGUCCUUUGGUCAGAUGCUGAAGAAAUCUGCAGUGCAUCUUGGGAUCACACCAUUAGAGUGUGGGAUGUUGAGUCUGGCAGUAUUAAGUCAACUCUGACAGGAAAUAAAGUGUUUAAUUGUAUUUCCUACUCUGCCCUUUGUAAACGUUUGGCAUCUGGAAGCACAGACAGGCAUAUUAGGCUGUGGGAUCCCCGAACUAAAGAUGGUUCUUUGGUGUCGCUGUCCCUCACCUCACACACAGGCUGGGUAACAUCAGUGAAGUGGUCUCCUACCCAUGAACAGCAGCUCAUCUCGGGCUCCUUAGAUAACAUUGUGAAGCUGUGGGAUACAAGAAGUUGUAAGGCUCCUCUCUACGAUCUAGCUGCUCAUGAAGAUAAAGUUCUAAGUGUGGACUGGACAGACACAGGGCUACUUCUGAGUGGAGGAGCAGACAAUAAAUUGUAUUCCUACAGAUAUUCCCCUACCACUUCCCAUGUGGGGGCUUAAAAAUGAAUGGCUGAUAAGAGACUUCCUUGUUGGGUUUUGUUUUAAUUCUUAGUGUCUCACUGUUAUGUCAUAAACUGUGAAUGAAACUGGAGAGAGGGUUUAGAAGAUAGCUCAGCCGGUAGAGAGCCAAGCCCUGUGCAAAACCCUGUGUACUACUGUCUCCAGCACUGCGUUCCUGGGUUCCCAGGUCCUGAGAGGUUGGAAGCGAGAGAAUCAGAAACCCAAGGCCACCCCCAGCUGUACAGUGAGCUUAAAGGCAGCCAGCCAUGGCUACUUGGGGCUCUGUCUCAGUAAGAAAGAAAUCAAUGGGUAAUCCUCUGAUACCAUUCUCAAUGCAGAGACAGGAAACAGGCUUUCAAAAGUUCGAUAACAGUUAAUCUUUCAUAAUAGCUACAUUUUACUGUCUUUGUCCUUCAUGUUUAUAAAAUCCAAUAAAUAUGUGGCCUGAAUUCUCCACU